AUGGAUGAGUCGGAGCACUUGCUGAAGCUGCGGGCGCUGCUAGCACCGAAGGCGCAGGAUGAAGCUCCCACGAAGAAGCGGAAAGUGGAAGAAGUGGAGGGCCCUGAUUGGACCUCUCGCUAUUGUGUGGUGGAUGCCGCUGCAGCACUGACGCCUCUGGAUGCUUUAGCAGUGCCUUUGGCGGAGCCCAUGCUGGAGGCCUUGAAGAAAAAUGGCUUCGAUCCGCUCUUUCCGAUCCAGGCCAUGGUCAUUCCCUUGUUGCUGAAGUGUGCGGAAGCUGCUGACGACGAGGAUUCGGCCUACUGCUGUGAUGUCUGCGUAGCAGCGCCCACCGGUCAGGGAAAGACCUUGGCUUAUGCCGUGCCAAUUGUGCAGGCAAAGAUGCCCUACAGGGCCCUUGAGGAUUGUGUUGCGGAGCCCCCGACCAGCACACGGAACGCAUGUGCAAGAGUCGACUUCAGUGGUAAUCUUGAUCAUGCGAAUCAUGCGCUGUAA